AUGAAAGCUAUUCUCGCCUCGCUGGCUGCCGCCUCCCUGGCUGCAGCUGCACCCCAGCAUCUGCAGGCCCGUGACAGCCCUGUUCCCAUAACCACCAAGGGAAACGCCUUCUUCCAGGGCGACAACCGUUUCUACAUUCGCGGCGUCGACUAUCAGCCCGGCGGCUCAUCCAAGCUCGUCGACCCGCUGGCCGAUGCGUCCACCUGCAAACGAGACAUUCAGAAGUUCACCGACCUGGGCCUCAACACCGUCCGUGUCUACUCAGUCGACAACUCUGCCGACCAUGAUGACUGCAUGAACGCCCUGGCCGAUGCCAACAUCUACGUAGUCCUCGAUGUCAACACUCCCAAGUACUCCUUGAACCGUGCGGACCCCGAGACCUCCUACAACGACGUCUACUUGCAGAAUGUCUUUGCCACCGUCGAAAUGUUUGCCAAGUACCCCAACACGCUUGCCUUCUUUUCAGGCAAUGAAGUAAUCAACGAUGGUCCCUCAUCCAAAGCCGCACCGUAUGUGAAGGCUGUCACUCGUGAUAUCCGCCAGUUCCUCCGCCUUCGUAACCUGCGUUCUGUUCCUGUUGGAUACUCUGCUGCUGAUGUUGACACCAACCGUCUGCAAAUGGCCGAAUAUAUGAACUGCGGUACCGACGACGAACGCAGCGACUUCUUCGCCUUUAACGACUAUUCCUGGUGCGAUCCUUCCUCGUUCACCAUUUCUGGCUGGGACCAGAAGGUGAAGAAUUUUACCGGCUACGGUCUUCCUCUGUUCCUGUCUGAAUAUGGCUGCAAUACCAACAAGCGUCAAUUCCAAGAAGUCAGCUCUCUGUACAGCACCCAGAUGACCGCUGUCUACUCUGGUGGCCUCGUCUACGAGUACUCCGAAGAAGGCAGCAACUAUGGCCUGGUAAACAUUGACGGCGACUCCGUCACUGAAAAGGACGACUACACGGAGUUGAAGAACGCUCUGGAGAAGACACCCCCACCCAAGGGUGAUGGUGGCUACAACUCUACCGGUGGUGCCAGUGGCUGCCCUGCUUCCGACCCACCCAACUGGGAUGUCUCCAACGAUGCUCUCCCAGCUAUCCCAGCCCCUGCCAAGAAAUUCAUGUCCGAAGGUGCCGGCAAGGGCCCUGGUUUCGUCGGCUCGGGCAGUCAAAACAAGGGUACUGCCUCCUCUUCCACAGCCACUCCUGGAUCGGGCUCUGCCACAGGAGCAGCUGCUACCUCGACCUCGACUAGCUCCAAGGGAGCGGCUGCCGGACUUCGUGCUCCAGAAAUGACCUUUGCGCCGUUGUUUUGCAGUGUCAUUGUGGCACUGUCUACUCUGUUUGGUGCGUCAUUUGUCUUUUUGUAA